UCGCGAGAUCCGGGCAACGGAGCGCUCGGGGCCUUUUCAAAUCGGGAUCCGUUACCGCUUUCCCGGCCGCCGCCAUUGUCACGCUCGGAGCCUCUGUACGCAGGCGGCCGAAGCGGAGGCAGUGGCGGCGGGAUGGCGGAGGCCGACAAGUCCGAGGUGUCCGGGGCCCCUGGCGACGACAGUCCGCAUCUACAGCCCGCUGAGCCGCCAGGAGAGCUGCGGCGAGAACCGCACCCGCCUGAGAACGAGAAACUGCCUCCUCCGCACAGCAGCAGCUCCAAUGGCGUUAAAAUGGAGAAUGAUGAAUCAGUAAAAGAGGAGAAAUCUGAAUUAAAAGAAAAAUCAGCAGGAAAUAAGAAGGCCCAUAGAUUUCAUCCUUAUUCAAAAGACAAGAAUUCAGGCACUGGGGAAAAGAAGGGUCCAAAUCGGAACAGAGUUUUCAUUAGCAACAUACCGUAUGACAUGAAAUGGCAAGCUAUUAAAGAUUUAAUGAGAGAAAAAGUUGGUGAGGUUACAUACGUGGAGCUCUUUAAGGAUGCGGAAGGAAAAUCAAGGGGUUGUGGUGUGGUCGAAUUUAAAGAUGAAGAAUUUGUAAAGAAAGCACUAGAAACCAUGAACAAAUACGAUCUUAGUGGAAGACCCCUGAAUAUUAAAGAGGAUCCUGAUGGAGAAAAUGCUCGUAGGGCAUUGCAGCGAACAGGGGGAUCAUUUCCAGGAGGACAUGUACCCGAUAUAGGAUCGGGGCUGAUGAAUUUACCACCUUCCAUUCUCAAUAAUCCAAACAUUCCUCCUGAGGUUAUCAGUAAUUUGCAGGCCGGUAGACUUGGUUCCACAAUUUUUGUUGCUAAUCUUGAUUUCAAAGUUGGCUGGAAGAAGUUGAAGGAAGUGUUCAGCAUAGCGGGAACUGUAAAGCGGGCAGACAUUAAAGAAGACAAAGACGGCAAGAGCAGAGGGAUGGGCACUGUCACUUUUGAACAAGCAAUUGAAGCAGUUCAAGCAAUUUCUAUGUUCAAUGGGCAGUUUUUGUUUGAUAGACCUAUGCAUGUGAAAAUGGAUGACAAGUCUGUCCCUCAUGAAGACUACCGUUCACAUGACAGUAAAACGCCACAAUUACCACGUGGUCUUGGAGGCAUUGGAAUGGGACUUGGUCCAGGUGGACAGCCUAUCAGUGCCAGCCAGUUGAACAUAGGUGGUGUAAUGGGAAAUUUAGGUCCAAGUGGUAUGGGAAUGGAUGGUCCAGGUUUUGGAGGAAUGAAUAGAAUUGGAGGAGGCAUUGGGUUUGGUGGUCUGGACGCAAUUAAUAGCAUGGGAGGAUUUGGAGGAGUUGGUCGAAUGGGAGAGCUAUACCGUGGUGCGAUGACUAGUAGCAUGGAAAGAGAUUUUGGACGUGGUGAUAUUGGAAUAAAUCGAGGCUUUGGCGAAUCCUUUGGUAGACUUGGCAGUGCAAUGAUUGGAGGGUUUGCAGGAAGAAUAGGAGCUUCUAACAUGGGUCCAGUGGGAUCUGGAAUAAGUGGUGGAAUGGGUGGCAUGAACAGUGUGACUGGAGGCAUGGGGAUGGGACUGGAUCGGAUGAGUUCCAGCUUUGAUAGAAUGGGACCAGGUAUAGGAGCUAUACUGGAAAGGAGCAUCGAUAUGGAUCGAGGAUUUUUAUCGGGUCCGAUGGGAAGCGGAAUGAGAGACAGAAUAGGCUCCAAAGGCAACCAGAUAUUUGUCAGAAAUCUGCCUUUUGACUUGACUUGGCAGAAACUAAAAGAGAAAUUCAGUCAGUGUGGCCAUGUAAUGUUUGCAGAAAUAAAAAUGGAGAAUGGAAAGUCAAAAGGCUGUGGAACGGUCAGAUUUGACUCCCCAGAAUCAGCUGAAAAAGCCUGCAGAAUAAUGAAUGGCAUAAAAAUCAGUGGCAGAGAAAUUGAUGUUCGUUUGGAUCGUAAUGCAUAAUUUCAAACCACGGUUGGAACAUUCCUGUAUCUGUUUUGCUGAAUUCCUAGUAAAAGUCAUUUUAAAAGUAACACUGUAUGCUUAAAAAAGCUGUAAAUAAUGAACUUUUAAAAAUUCCACCAGCUUUUAACAGUAUAGUGUUAAAUAUACUGUGAUUUUUGUUAAUCUCAAGUUUGGGUUUUUAAAGACAGCAAGUCUGGUCAUUCAGUUUAAAUGAAUGGUUAUACUGUUUUUUAAUAAAAGAAGCCAUUUUCUUGUUAUUUUCAGUACUACAUAGUGGGAUUUGUUUGUUCAGGUUUCUCUAGCUUUUAUCAACUUAUUUAUUGUUAGGUAAAGCAUAAAUUUUUUAAAAACUUCUGUUAUCUCUGUGUAAUUGUUCUUGAUAAGAAAGGACUCAAGACAAAUGAAGAUGUGAUUUUGGUUGAUUUUUAAAUUAGUUUUCUUUGGUGGUAAAGAAUUACUCUGAGUAAGUUUUAGAGUCUAAAGUUCAGGAUGUUUUUUAU